AUGAGGGAAAGAGGUGGCCAAGUUGCAAUUUAGCCCAAGGAUGUAGGCCCCUCCCACAAGCCUACUUAUAGGAACUGGUUCUCAAGAAGCAUGGUCAUCUCCAAUCCUCCUAUCAAACUUGAAAGAAACCAUGGAAGGAAAAGCAAACAACAGUGCUCAUACCCGGGAUGCUUCAUUUUCUUCUUACAUCAGCGGAGCAGAAGGGAACUUUGUCCUCAAACUUGCAGGGUCAGUUCAGACUCCCCCUCCUGCCAUGACCUUGAGCCGAAAGACUGAGGAGGGAGAAAUCAGCGUCUUUGGUGCUGAAAGGUAUUUCAACAUGAUGCUGGAAGAUGAGGGUCCAAGAAUUGUGGACUAUAACGCAAGCAAACAUGGGCAUAAUAAGAAAGAAAACAGAACUGGUCAGCACUACAAGCAACCAAAUAGCAGGCCAGGAACUCCUAGUACUUGUUCUGAAGCAAGUUGGAACAGCCAAAGCGCCUUGUUACCGUCUCUGAGAAACUCAUCUCACAAUAAGAAGAAAAAGGUAAAUGGAAAGAUUAAAAGCUUUUCUAUUUUCGGCUGCAAUGGAUGUUCAGAUAAGAAAGCCAUUUAUAUUCAUGAGAUAAAUGCUGGGCAUGGAGGGCAUCAUGGUAAAGACGCCAGGAAGCAAAGUGUUCGAAUUGAUCAAAAUCCUGUCAAGCAGUCUCAACCAAGAGUCAAGGAAAGAGAUGAGCUUCACUACUCUAGCUUUCAAACAUCACACAAGGAAGAGCAUUUUGCAUUCACAAAUUUGAAUUCUAGUGCACAGAAAUCUGCAGCUAAAUCAGAGUUGGGAGAAAAGAAAACAAAAGAAGAAGAAGAGCCACGAAAGUCACCGGAGGUGUUUGGAUCCCACAUGAUGAAGGGAGACAUAGUAGCAAUAAAUCUGGAGAGAAGACUCUCCAUGCUAAGUUGGGAUGCCAUUCCAAAAGCUCAAAGCCUCUCAAAUGCUUCGGUGACAGGUCCGGUGAUCAAUGAAGAUGUAGAGAGUGAUGCUAGUUCAGAUUUGUUUGAGAUAGAGAACCUACCUGGCAGUGGACAAACACCGUUUACAAGUCACACAUCUGAUGGAAUGUCUGUGGCCUCCGCUGCCCGGUAUGAGUCAAGUGAGACCAGCAUGGAGUGGAGUGUUGUCACAGCCAGUGAUGAAAAGAAACUGGCAGCAAACGGCAGAACACCUGAUCCAACAACCACUGGCACAGCAGGAGUUGCUCAAAGGUUAGAAUCUUCAAUGGAAAAGGGGGAAGUUACCGUCUGAGACUGUGGCAAGAAAAUUACUACGUGCAACAUGCCUUUGCCUUGGGAGGGUUAUGAUCAAACUAUGCAAAUGCAUUACUGUCUUUGUACAUGCCAGAGUGAAUGCGCAAUGGAAUGAUGAAAUAUUUGAGAAAGUUUGUCAAACUUCCAUCUUUAUAUUAAUCUACAGCUAAUCAUUUGAUUGUUCUAAGUU